AAAAUCUUUCUUUAAAUUGCAUAAAUGUCUCUACUUACUAUAUACAAUCUCAUUCCAUACAAGUUAGCUCUCCCAUUUCUUCUUCCUAUAUAAAUAAAUCCAUUUUUAUGUUACAAGCUAAUCAUAUUCAUUAAUUAGUAUUCUUAAACCUUAAUUUGCUAUUUUUAAGUUUUUGAAAGGAAAAAAAAAAGACAAGCCAUGGCUGAUGGUAAUGAUAACAAUAAGAACGGAGUGAAUGGAGAAGAAAAGCUUCAAGAAGGCGGCGACGCGGCGGCGGAGGCGGCGGACUAUUGCUGCCGGUACUGCGAAAAGAGGUUUUGUAAUAAGCAGGCGUUGGGAGGCCACCAGAAUGCCCACCGGGUGGAGAGGGCGAUGGAGAAGACGGCGAAGAAAAGCGCCGCCGCCGCUGCCGCCGGAUUUUUGGAUUUUGGGUACUUUGGCGGCGGUGGCGUUGGCGACGCGUUUUCGUUCCCCGCUUCUCUGUCCCAUUUCCCCGGCUGCUCCGGCGGGCAGAUCACAUGGUACCAGGAACUGCUCAGCCGGCAGCGCGCCAUGUCGAAACCGUAUUCCCGGCCGCCGCGGCCGCCGCAUUCCGUGCUUCCGGCGGCGAUCCCGCCCAGGCGUCAUUAUACGCUUCCAUUUUCGGCGACGGAGAGCGGUCCCGCGUUUCCCGUGAUGCCUAGCCAGCAUUCAAAUUGUGCCCGGAGUUUGCCGCCGGCGAUGGAUGUCUCCGACGCACCCCCCGGCUUCCCCGGUAGCUCUCCGGUGACUCCCCGGCAUGGUUUUGUACUCAACUGUAAUAACCCCCCUAGGAAUCAAGAUGCCAAGGAUGUUGUAGAACUGGACUUGACUCUCAAACUUUGAUCACCAAACAUGUUUGAACCAUAUUGCUUUAAUUGUUGUCAUUAAUUAAUGAUUUAUAAACUUUGUAGUUUGAUUAUGGGCGUGUUUGGUAAUAGCGUUAGAGAAUAGCUUUAGAUAAUAUUUUCAAAACGCUAAUGCUAAAUGUUAUCCGUAGAUAAUAUUUUCAAAAAGAUAACGCUAAUAUCUAACGUUAUU